UGGUUGGUUUGACAAAACAGUGGUCUAGCAUUAGUGGUUUGUGGUAAGCAAUGGCUGCUUUUAAGUUGGAUUUCCUCCCAGAAAUGAUGGUGGAUCACUGUUCCUUGAGUGCCAGCCCUCUCUCAAAGAAAAUGAAUGGCACACUGGAUCACCCUGACCAACCAGACAUUGAUGCCAUCAAGAUGUUUGUGGGGCAGGUCCCACGGAGUUGGUCUGAGAAGGAUCUGCGGGAACUAUUUGAACAGUAUGGUGCCGUCUAUGAAAUUAAUGUCCUGCGGGACAGGAGCCAAAACCCUCCUCAGAGUAAAGGGUGCUGUUUUGUUACAUUUUAUACCCGUAAAGCUGCACUAGAAGCACAGAAUGCUCUUCAUAACAUGAAGAUUCUCCCAGGGAUGCACCAUCCUAUCCAAAUGAAGCCAGCUGACAGUGAAAAGAAUAAUGCAGUGGAAGAUAGGAAACUGUUCAUUGGGAUGAUCUCAAAGAAGUGCAAUGAAAAUGAUAUCCGAGUGAUGUUUUCCCCAUUUGGGCAGAUUGAAGAAUGCAGAAUUUUACGGGGUCCAGAUGGCUUAAGCCGAGGUUGUGCUUUUGUAACUUUUACAACAAGAGCUAUGGCACAAACAGCAAUCAAAGCAAUGCACCAAGCGCAGACCAUGGAGGGGUGCUCUUCUCCCAUCGUAGUGAAAUUCGCAGAUACCCAGAAAGACAAAGAACAGAAACGAAUUGCACAGCAGCUCCAGCAACAGAUGCAGCAAAUCAGUGCUGCCUCCGUUUGGGGGAACCUAGCUGGACUGAACACACUUGGACCCCAGUACUUAGCACUUUAUUUACAGCUCCUUCAGCAGACAGCAGCCGCCUCCUCUGGGAAUCUGAACACACUGGGCAGCCUCCACCCAAUGGGAGGACUGAAUGCAAUGCAGUUACAGAACCUAGCUGCAUUAGCAGCUGCAGCAAGUGCAGCUCAGAAUACGCCAAGUGGCACCACUGCACUCAACUCUUCCAACAGCCCUCUAAGUGUACUCACCAGUUCAGCAGGUUCAUCCCCCAGUUCCAGUAGCAGUUCAUCUGUUAACCCAAUGGCUUCUCUUGGAGCACUGCAAACACUGGCAGGGGCUACUGCAGGUCUCAAUGUUGGCUCUUUAGCAGGAAUGGCAGCCUUAAAUGGUGGACUGGGCAGUAGUGGCCUUUCAAAUGGCACAGGUAGCACAAUGGAGGCCCUAUCUCAGGCCUACUCUGGGAUUCAGCAAUAUGCUGCUGCUGCAUUGCCCACACUCUACAACCAGAGUCUGUUAACACAGCAGAGUAUUGGUGCAGCAGGAAGUCAAAAGGAAGGUCCAGAGGGAGCCAAUCUUUUCAUCUACCACCUCCCCCAGGAGUUUGGGGACCAAGACCUGCUGCAGAUGUUCAUGCCAUUUGGAAAUGUUGUCUCUGCCAAGGUUUUCAUUGACAAGCAGACCAAUCUGAGCAAGUGCUUUGGUUUUGUAAGUUAUGACAAUCCGGUCUCUGCACAGGCUGCCAUCCAGUCAAUGAAUGGAUUUCAAAUUGGCAUGAAGCGACUGAAAGUACAGCUCAAGCGCUCUAAGAAUGACAGCAAGCCAUACUGAGCGCCCCUCCCCUCUGGAACUGGAGUGAGAAGGAUCUUCUGAUUCCUGCCGUUUGUUCAUCGUUGUGCCUAAAGCAUGUCGAUGUGGCGUUCAAGUACAUCGUCCAAAUCCUUGUCUCUUCAGCUUCUCUGAUGCUUGAACUCUCACCUUUUGACCUUGUGUUGACUUUUGAUGCUGAUGUGUAUUUUUAUUAUGUUUGUUUCUUUUUUGUUUCUUUCCUUUUUUUGUGCUGCCAAAUUGGUUUUGCUAGAAAGACUGCUGAAGGGGAAUAUUUAAACUUGCAUUUGAAUAUAAAAGAAUUCUAUUUUUCUAGAACUUCGUAAGAUAACCACUUGAUUUUGUGAUUCUGAUUCUUUGUAAUUGUCUUCAGAGCAGCCUUGCUAGCAUACCUCAUGGAGUAUUUGUAUUUCUGUGAUCAUACAGCCAAUCACUUCUAGGCUUAGUUUUUUCUGUGUGCUUAGUUUUAAAACAGAUCUUUGAAGGAAAAAGUAAAAAGAUGCAACUUAAAACUUUCAGGAGGCUUCUAGUCACAUUUUGCUGAAUCUACUUUCUGUGCUUGAGCAGACAGCAUGUAUUCUUUGACUUGAGUAGCCUCAGCAGAAAACACUUGAACUACACUUUCUCCUGAUUGUAGCUUCAUUUUUGCCCUGGCACUUACUGUUUUUUCUUCCUGUGUGAUUAUCAGCCUGUCUGCAGUGAAAGUUUAAUCAAAGUUGAUGUUGUAUUUCGUUAAACCCUAGCAUGCUUAGUUUUUUGUAACUACAAUCUCCUCAGCAAAAUGUGAGAUUUUGUUUCU